AUGUUACGUGCCAGUCUACAUGGGAAACCAUUAGACCUGAUUAAAGGAGUCGGAUCAGAUUAUAAAGCAGCCUGGGCAUAUCUUGAUUCUAUCUAUGGAGAUCCUAGAUUUAUAGCAGACACAGUCACCCAAGAUAUUACAAGAUUUAAACCACUUCAGAAUGGUGAAGAUACUCGCUUUUGUGAGCUCGUCCAUCUCGUGAAUAGAAGCUAUAAUACCCUUAAAGAAGUAGGACGUCCUUAUGACAUGAACAAUAAUCACAUGUUGGCUAUUAUAGAACAGAAGAUGUGCGUUGACGAUAGGAAGAUGUGGGCUCGAGAUUUAGAAAGAGAAAAAAAAGAGGCUACAUUGGAAAACAUCAUGUCUUGGAUGACGACUGAAAUGAAGUCACGAAUGAGAUCAUCGGCGCCUGUUAGAAGUCAAGGUCAGGGAAGAAAGUGGAAUGUAAAUUAUGCGAGUGAAGGCGAAAGAUUCAAAUGUUGGGUUUGCAAAACGUCAGUUCAUUGGGUGGAUCAGUGUCCUAAAGUUGAAGCUAUGACACCAGCAGCGAGACUCCAAUUAAUGAAAGAAAACCGUGCAUGUUUUGCAUGUUUAAAGAAAACAAGCAAGAAUCAUAAAGCAUCAACAUGCUCUCGUCGACGCCAAUGCUCGGAAAAAGUAGGAAAUGAACAAUGCAAAUCAUUUCAUCAUCAUCUCUUGCACAUCCCUGGUCAAACGAAUCAUUGUGGAAUUGCCUCUGUGAACAACAACAAAAACGUACUCCUGCCCGUUAUUGAAGUUGAAAUCUUAGGACAAGAAGGAAAUCGUCAAAGAGCAGUUGUGUUAUUUGACUCUGGUGCACAGAUAAGCCUGAUUCGAAAGUCAGUGGCAAAGGAUAUGAAGCUAAAAGGAAAGGAUGUGAUGGUCACACUCACCAAAGUUGGAGGAGAAGAAGAAGAGAUACGAACAAAGCUUUAUAAAGUGCGUCUUCUUUCGCUUGAAGAUAACACCAUUCACUCCAUAAGCGCUGUUGGCAUUCCUUGUAUUAGUGACAGUAUUGAAGCUGUCAGUAUUGGAGAAUAUGCUCAAGAACUGGGGCUUGAAGGAAGAAAUCUCAUCAGGGGAAGUGGAUCGGUUGACAUACUGAUUGGAUGUGAUCAUGUUAAAUUACAUGCAGGCGAAAUAAGAGAAGCGAAGAAUUUGAUAGCACGUCAUUCGCCGCUUGGUUGGGUCGUGUUUGGGCCAAUCACAGGAAGCCAAGGUCAACACAAUCGAGUUCUUCAUGUUCAAGUAUCGACUCCUGUCAAUAUGACCGAAUUUUGGAGCACAGAAGCAAUGGGUGUGUCCAGCAAGCCCUGCCAGUGCAACAAUGAGAAGCUUAGUCCAGCUGAGCAACUAGAAAAGAAAGUGAUAGAGGACUCUUGUAAGAAAGUUGGAAAGCAAUGGAUGGUAUCAUACCCAUGGAGAAGAGAUAGAAAUCUUUUACGUGACAAUCGAGAACAUGCUCUAAAGAAAUUAGAAGCAACAGAACGCCGUCUGAAGAAGAAUCCAGUGAAUGCUGAAAAAUACAACGAGCAAAUAAACGAAAUGACUGAACUAAAUUUCGCUAGAAAGUUGUCGAAAGAAGAAGUGAAAAAUCACAAAGGUCCUGUUCAUUAUAUCGCUCACAGAGAAGUCUUGAGACCCGAUAAAAGAAGCACACCAGUAAGAAUCGUCUUCAACUCCUCAGCCAACUAUAAAGGUCAAUGUUUAAACGAUUUUUGGAUGAAAGGUCCGGACUUGCUAAAUAAUUUGUUCGGAGUGGUAUUAAGAUUUCGAGAAAACGAAGUGGCAUUCUGUGCAGACAUAUCCAAAAUGUAUCAUCGCAUUCUAAUCCCGAAAGAAGACCAAGAUGUUCACAGGUUUCUAUGGCGAAAUCUAGAAACCGAAAGAGAGCCAGACAUCUAUGUGAAGAAGGUACUAACAUUCGGCGACAAGCCUGCUCCGGCCAUGGCACAAAUUGUUCUUCGAAAAACCGCAGAGGAAGCAAAAGAAAUACACCCAGAAGCUUCGAGAACCCUGUUGGAGAAUAGUUAUGUUGACGACAUCUGGGACUCAGCUCCUACUGAACAGAAAGCAAAGAAGAUAACAAAGGAAGUUGACGAAAUUCUUGCAACAGGCGGAUUCACCGUGAAGGGCUGGUUAUCUAAUCGUUCAGCAGUUCAAGUAAGCAAUUCAGCAGCUCCAAAGAAUACGGAAUGUAUGAAACUACUCGAAACAAAUGCCGCUGAGAAAGUACUAGGUCUUAUUUGGGACAAUAAAAAGGACGUUUUCUCCUUCAAAGUGAAUAUCAGCCUGUCAACGCUCCAAACAGAUAAUUCAACCGAAUUGGUGACAAAGAAGCUGACAAAGAGAAAAAUUCUAAGUCAAAUAGCCAGAGUGUUUGACCCUUUCGGAUUUGCUGCAGCCUUCAUAAUUAAGGCUAAAAUUGGAAUGCAAGAUCUUUGGGAAAGAGGAAUCGAAUGGGAUGAAGAACUAACGAAAGCAGAUCAUGACAAGUGGAUGGCGCUAUUUGAAGAGAUGAAAGAGCUCAAUAAUGUUACCGUAGUAAGAUGCCUUACCCCAAUCUGCGUUAUCGGCAAACCCACUCUUUGCAUUUUUUCGGAUGCAUCGGAGAAAGCAUUUGGAACUUGUGCGUAUAUAAGAUGGCUCCUAAAUGAUGGUACCUUUGACGUAAGAUUUACCGCUGCCAAGUCGAGAGUCGCCCCCUUAAAGCAGUUAACAAUUCCGCGAUUAGAGCUGCAAGCAGCUGUUCUUGCUUCCCGACUAGGAAAAACAAUCUUAGAAGAAACUAGAUUUCAAUUCGAGAAAGUUAUAUAUUUCGUUGACAGCAUGAUAGUAUUGGCGUGGAUACAGUCCCAAGCAAGAUCGUACAAGAUUUUCGUGUCCACGCGAGUUAGAGAAAUUCAAACAAAUUCAAAUCCGGCACAGUGGAGACAUAUUCCGGGAGAAGACAACGUAGCUGAUGACGUAUCUCGAGGUGUGGCGGUUAAAAACCUACAGGAUAGAUGGCUAUCAGGCCCGGACUUUUUACGAAAACCUGAAGAAGAAUGGCCACAAAAUGCGGUCCAACCAAAGGAAGACGAAGUUAACAAAGAGCGACGCAAACCACAAGCCGUCUGCUCCGUCGAUGCAAGCCAGGAACCCAUCGAUUGCAAAAGGUUUUCAAAAUGGCGAAGACUUGUCAGAGUCACAGCUAGAAUACAAAGAUUGGCAGCGAAAGCGCGUAGCAAACGGGUAGAAAACACGACUAACUCCGCUGGUAAUGAUGGAAUCUUAACUCCAGACGAUUUAAGAGCAGCUGAACUUUACUGGAUCAAGCGUGCUCAGAUAACUGUUCACAAAAGAGUGAAGAAUGGAGAAUUACGACAAUUCAGUCCUUUCAUCGAUGACGAAGGUGUCCUAAGAGUUGGGGGCCGUGUAGAUAAAGCAUUGGUGUGCUAUGAUAACAAGCAUCCCGCAUUACUACCUUAUGAACACUGGAUCUCAACUCUUAUUACUCGUCAUGCACACGAACAAGGACAUAGUGGUAUUGCUGCAACCGUAGCGAAAUUGCGAAGAAAUUACUGGAUCCUGAAAGCGCAUAAUCUGGCAAAGAAACUGAAACGACGAUGUGUUUUCUGUAAGAGCAUGGAGCAUAAAUUGGAAACUCAACUAAUGGCGGAACUUCCACCAACACGAUUAACCCCGCAAACCCCUCCCUUUUUCUACACUUCUUGUGAUUAUUUCGGUCCGUACAAGGUGAAAAUCAGCAGAAACAAAACAGAUAAGAACUAUGGAGUGAUAUUUACAUGCUUGAAUUCAAGAGCUAUUCAUCUUGAGCUAGCCACGGACUAUUCGGCAAUGGGUUACAUGCAAGUGCUAAGAAGAUUUUUCUGCAUUCGAGGCUGUCCAAAAUUAAUUCUCAGCGAUAACGGAACUCAACUCGUAGGCGUAGCUAGAGAACUGCGUGAAAUGAUACGACUGAGGAUGGGACAUCCAGAAAUUAAAGGAAUACUGCGCAGAAAGAGGAACAACAUGGCAAUUCAUCACACCUUCAGCACCACACCAGAAUGGGUGCGCUGA